GAGUUCUUUCAUUACUCUCUGGGAGCUGUCCUCAUCUUCAUCGCCUCUAUCGUCGCUGCUGUCAAAUGUGGAGGAGUCUCAGCUCUGGUGGUCGCAUCGGUGUUUGGGUUCAUAGCUACCUUCCUGAUGGUUGUUAACCUGUGGACGUCUUACAGCGUGGCCUGUGGGCCCCAGACAGAGUCUUAAAAACAACCCAACGGCUGAGCUGGCAGUCCUCUGAGUCCGGCUCGACUUUCUGCCUGGCAACCAUCUGAAUCAGCAAGCUGAUUGGACGAUAAGCUACAGCGGUGCCAGAGGUUCUGAUCCAGGAUCAGCUUCAGUGUAAAUAUAUGAACAUAUUUAUGGAGCAGAUUGGACUGAGCUUUAUCAUUUCUGACUGAAUCAUUUCACAUUAAAGGUGCUCUGUUUCUCAAUCACGUCACACAAUGAUGACAUCACUGCUGCAGGAUGGAAGCAUGUUCCAGUGUUGCAUUUAUUUUUUACUUCAUGUUUUGGUGCCACACAUUGGUCUUAUAUUAAAAACUUGUCCUUUGUAUUU